CUCUGAACCAUGACCUCAUCCUUAGUUCAUUUUAGUGCUAUAGCUCACCUUCUGUUCUCCCAGGACGUUAAUGCCUAGUAAAUGGAGACUGCCUAUCUACAAUUGCGGUCACACUGCAUGCCCCAUAUGCGAAACAAUUUAUUAUUGUGCUUUAAUGUGUUUCGCUCUAUUCUAUUCUAGCGCUGUCAACUUUGCACUGGGACAGUAAAAGGCUCAGCUGUCGCACAUUAUUCCAUUGCCCUCGACCCAUGACAAGUAAACAGUGACCAAAGUUAAAGCGCUUUGAAGAGGGCUGACAUGGCACACUGUUCCUUUACACAUGGAGGUUAGCUGAUCACAAAUCACCAAACCGAGGAGACAGAGACACCAUGGCUCUCCUGAGGUCCGUUACAGUAGCGGUAGCUUCUCUCCUCCAUUGACAUCCUCUCUUCUCCUCUUCCACCACCACUUCCUCUCUCCACUCAUCUACCCAUCCACCCUCAGCACCAUCCCUCCCCCCAUCCAUCCACCCCUACAACCUCAGCACCACCCCUCCCCCCAUCCAUCCACCUCUACAACCUCAGCACCACCGCUACAACCUCAGCACCACCACUCCCCCAUCCAUCCACCCCUACAACCUCAGCACCACCCCUACCCCCAUCCAUCCACCCCUACAACCUCAGCACCACCCCUACCCCCAUCCAUCCACCCCUACAACCUCAGCACUACCCCUACAACCGCAGCACCACCCCUCCCCCAUCCAUCCACCCUCAGCACCACCCCACCCCCCAUCCAUCCACCCAUCCUCCCCACUCCUCACUGACCUCGUUGCUGCCCAUCGUUGUGACAUCAUGGCGGGGGAGAAGGGACCAACCAGGCGGAGUGCCAUGGACAUCAAGCGCCUAGCAGGGCUGAUCCAGAGGGGGGCGGGUCGUCUACUGGUGAUUGACAGCCGGACAUUCUCGGAGUACAACGCAUCCCAUGUACAAGGGGCGGUCAACGUGUGCUGCUCCAAGCUGGUGAAGAGGCGACUGCAGCAGGACAAGGUGUCCGUCACCGAGCUACUACAGCCCAACGGCAAGGUCAAGGUUGAGAUGGGCAGGAAACAGGAAGUGGUGGUGUACGACCAGAGUUCCAAAGAGGCGGGGCAACUGUCCAAAGAUGGUUUUGUCCACAUCCUGCUGGGCAAGCUGGAGGGCACCUUCCAUCGAGUCUCCCUGCUCACAGGGGGCUUUGCUGCAUUCUCCUCCUGUUUCCCCGGGCUUUGUGAGAGCAAGCCAGCUCUGCCUAUGAGCAUAUCCCAGCCCUGCCUGCCUGUAGCUAACGUAGGCCCCACACGCAUCCUACCACACCUCUACCUGGGAUCACAGAAAGACGUCCUCAACAAGGACCUGAUGGUUCAGAAUGGCAUCACGUACGUGCUGAAUGCCAGUAACACCUGUCCCAAGCCUGACUUCAUCAGAGAGAGCCACUUCAUGCGGAUCCCUGUCAAUGACAACUACUGUGAGAAGCUACUGCCCUGGUUGGAGAAAACCAAUGAAUUCAUCGACAAAUCCAAGGUGUCAAACUGCAGAGUCAUUGUGCACUGCCUGGCUGGAAUCUCACGCUCGGCAACCAUCGCCAUUGCAUACAUCAUGAAGACAAUGGGCCUGUCAUCGGAUGAUGCCUACAGGUUUGUGAAGGACCGACGGCCUUCAAUAUCGCCCAACUUCAACUUCCUGGGGCAGCUCCUGGAGUUUGAGAAGGGGCUGCGGCUCCUCCAGGCGCUGUCAGACGACAAGACCUCAGAGGGCAAAGGUCAAUCCCAGGGCUCAGAUGUCAACGGGUUCAGCUCAGGGUCAGAAGUCAAUGGUCACCAUGACUCUUCAUCAAUAGAGCCCCAGGCCCCACCAGAACCGAAGCUCCCCUCGCCGACUUCUCUCCAGCAGGGCUUCAACGGCCUCCACCUGUCGGCCGAGCGCAUCCUGGACACUAACCGGCUGAAGCGAUCCUUCUCCCUGGACAUCAAGUCUGUCUACUCCCCCAGCAGCCCCCACUGCCUGCGCCUGGCAGCGCCCACACACUCCGAAGACGUGCCCAAGCUAUGUAAGCUGGACAGUCCCCCUGUCAAUGGUGUCUGCCCUCAGUUCUCCCCUGUCCCAGACAGCCCCAGCUCGGCUGAGUCGCCCUUCCCUUCCCCGGGGUGCGGCGGCAGCAUCGGAGGUCUCGACGUUGGGGGUCCCAGUGAGGGGGGCGUUCGUUAUGGAGGUCCAUCAUCGUCCAGGCCCAGGAGGAAAGCCAAGCACAGCCCUGGAUCUGGAUCCACAACCAGUUCCCCGGUACACCCCCAGUCCCUGAGUCUGACUCUGGGACGCUCCCUGCCCGUUCACAAGAGCCCCAGCCUAGACGAGAGCCUGAAGGGCUCCAUGCUUCUCUCUCUGCCCCCCAAAGAGUCCGGAACCAUGUGGACCAAACACAGAGACACAGUCCAGGCCACCACCCCAGUCACACCUGUCACCCCCACUGCCGACGCCCCCUGGUACUUCGGGGCUGAAGAGGUAGGGGAAGGAGGGAUGGAACUUGGAGGAGAUGGAGGAGGAGGGGUGGAAGUGCGAUUCGGAAGCAGCUCUGCAUACGUGGCGUUCGGUUGUAGCGAGGGGGUGCGGCUACGGGAGAAAGUGCAGCGGGACAAAAGGGCAUCAUCGUCAUCAGCGCCAUUACAGAGGGACUCCUCAACGACCGUCGCCAACGGGACGGCCUCCAACAGCACCGAGAAGCAGUUCAAGCGGCGCAGCUGUCAGAUGGAGUUUGAGGAGGGCAUCUCAGAUACGCGUUCCCGGGAGGAGCUGGAGAAGAUGGGGAAGCAGUCCAGCUUCUCUGGCAGCAUGGAGAUCAUCGAGGUGUCCUGACUAACCGCACUCCUGACCACAACCGGCCCACCCAGGGAGGAGGAGAAACGGACCUGAAGGAGGAGGGAGGACAGCGGGGGGAAAUUUACGCUCCCCAAACAGACCGUGUUAAAGACUCGAACUCUGAGAAGACAGAAACACCAGAGAGAUUCCGGGAGUCCCUUAUCUAGCUAGUGUUCCUGGACUAGACAUGGGGUUCAGCAGGCUGUUGAUUUCCUAGGUUACAUUUACAGUUCUACCAACCAAAGCUCUGAAGAGAACAACUACGGGAAAAGACGGAGACUAUAGGUCACUGACACUGAACUAUGAACUGUGAACUAUUUCCUCUGUGUGGUGUCAGUUCAAGAAGAACAGAUCCAUGGGCAAAUCUCAAACACCCUAUCACCCAUAUAGUGCACUACUUUUGACCAAAAGUCGGCAAAAGUAUAGUGCUAUUUUCAUAAUUGGGUGUCAUUUGAGACAUAGCCAAGUGCUUUCCUCCCAAAGACUUCAAUCCCCAGCAUGCCUCAGUCUGCCCCUCCCUUCAUUUCAAAGACUUCAGCCCCAGAGAACCACAACCCCCAGCAUGUCUCAGUCUGCCCCUCCUUUCAUUACAAAGACUUAGAAAGAGCUCUGUACCCCAGAAAUGCACCACAGCACAAUGCAGAGAGAGACUAUUCAGACUGUCCUAAGAGACUAUACCGGUGGUACUGCAUCAAAACAAUGACGAAUCCUCCAUGUUGGCGUGUCAGCCCAACAUGGUUUACAAAGACUUUGCAGUUUAAGAGGACUCACAGUGACUGAUAAAGACUGGCAUUGUAUUUUCCCGCAAUACUCGUCUGCUUCCUUGUUUCCAGUGUUUAACAGUGUGACGUGACUGUUGGGGCGGUGGGGAGGAGAGGAGUUAGGUCUAAGUUAUGCCCUCUCUGUAGUGGAGUUCAGUACUCGCAUGUCUCACUCCACACCCCCCAAGUAUACUCCACCCCAGCCUCUCAGAGCAUGCUCCAGGGUGGCUGGCGACAGACAGACAAAUACUAUAUAUACUAUAUGAAUAUAUAUAUAGCGAUUUUAAUGGACUUUUAAUCAACAACAAAAAAUCUCAGUUCUGGUUGUAAUUUAUUUGAUCGGUUCAUUCUGGUAAUGAGAAAUAAUAGAAUGUUUUGUGGACUUUUUCCUUUCCUUUGUUAAUCUCAGUUUUUGUUGUAUGGUAUUUAUGAAACACAUACAACCACACACUCAUGCACACAAAACUACAAGCAAGCAAUAUGUGCUGUUCCUUGUUUGGAGGAAGAGUGAUGUAUUUUGGGUUUCAUCUGACGUUGAAAUGCACUUUUCUGUUACUCUUCAAAAACAAGUAUCCCAUCCACAUCCUAAGAGGGUACCAACACCCUCUAAGCUAGGGGUGGGAAAACUACAGCUCAUUCAAUCCGGCCCAUGGGAGGUUUCAGUAAAAACAACUAACAAAAUGGGGGCUAAAUUACUAUUUGGGGUUUAAAAACGACUCUAGGCCACACUUAAAUGUCUAAAACUAGAUAGAAUGUUUUGUAGAAAUUAUAAUACACCUGUAUAUUUUCAAAUAACUGCCCUUUUUCUGGCCCCGAAAUUGAUUUUAACAAACAAAUCAGUUCCCAAAUCUUCUGUGUUACCCUCAGUUGAAUUUCUAAAUCCUGAUGUGGCCUUCGAGCCAAAAUGUUUGCUCACCCCUGCUCUUACCUCUGGUGACAUCACCAGAUGUGUGGUAUGGUGAAGAACAGUCCCUAUGAGCAUGAAAACUUUGAAUUUACAUUGACAAGAUGUUGAAAAUACAUAUUUGUGGUUGAAAAUACAUAAAAAAUAGGUGUUUUCAUCAUCUUAUGUUCACUCAGUUGAGUGUAAUUAAGAUGUUAUUUAUUGUGAUUGGGGGCUCUUACAGUUAGUGCAUCUCCUGGGAGACGGUUAAUGUGUGUGAGCGAGAAUGAAGAACUUUAUUCAACCCAGUACUAAAGAGCAGAAUUAUUGUAGGAAGGACUGUUGAUUUCUCCAGGGCUCAUGACAACAACUACCGGUAUAUGCAAGUAGAUCCACACAGUUGACAAUGUUAGAGACAUCCACCUAACACACUGCUAAACUCACUCUUUUGGCUAGUUUCCAAAUAUACACACACGCACAUACAGAACUAAACUGUGUUGGGAUAUGAGAGAAGCCCAUAGCUGAAACAAAUCCCCUCCACACAUACACACACACAGACAUAAACACACAGACACAUAUAGUCACACACAAAGAUAUAUCACCACCUUUUGUUUGUUCUCAGGGGAUCGUUCAGUGAGCCAAGCCUGGUGCAGGGUACACAAUUGCUUGCACAUCAGCACAAUGCAUGUCACUCCCUCACUAUCUCUAUCAGUCUGUCGCUCUCACUCUCUUAUUUUCCAAAGGUUUGAUAAAAACAAAACGGAAGGGAUGAAACUAGAACGUGAUUCAGAAGUGAAUAAAUUAAUGCUAUUGCUCUGCUGGUGCGAGAUUGUCUAUUUAUUUAUGAUGUACCUAUGUGUGUUUUUUUCUUUUCCUUUGGUUAGCUUUUCUCUAUUGUGACCUUUGACCUAUACCUUUGUGCUGCUGUAAGGUCAGACCUGGAUUUCCUGUGUUCAGUUCUCUGAGGCUUUCCUUCUAGUCUCUUUAUUUUUAAAAGAUGUUAUAAUUAAUUUUAAAACAUGUUAAGAGAAGAUGCAGGCUGUCCCGAUUGCUAUAAUUGUUGGUUUUGAUGUAUUAUUAUUAUUAUUAUUAUUGAUGUUAUGUUGUGUAAAUAGCAAGGUAUCUAAGAAUAUUGAUGAAUUUAGGUACAUUUUUUAAAAUAAAAUCCUGAUACCUUAGGCUGCUUGACGCAAAAUACCUCAGGUUUUUCCUUCCUUGUACAUGUUUUGUGAAAAUGAGACAAAAA